UCCGCGGAGCGCGCGCGCUCAUUAUUUAAAAAUCGAACGCGAAUAACGAACUUUUUUAUUUCGAGCUAGUGAUGCGACCGUAGUAAAUAUCGAUUAGUGUUAGCAUUUUUUUAUAUUCUGUUUUUGAUAAUGACAUUUUGUUACCGUUGAUUUAGCUGUAAAAAAAAACGAAUAAGACAGUCUAUUUUGACGUGUGGGGGAUGUUAUUGUAACUUGGGUAUUGUAAAGUGAAAAGUGAUAAUGGGUUGUAGACAGUUUUUGUCAGUGUGUGUGGCGGUGGCGUGUUUGUAUUUGGCUAUAAUUGCACAAGGACAGGUCCGGACGAAGAGCAUACCCAGAACAAGGUUCUCAUGUGUCGGCAGGACUUCAGGAUACUACGCCGACGUGGAGGCAGGGUGCCAGGUGUACCACAUGUGCGAUGGCCUGGGCCGGCAGUUUAGCUACACCUGCCCGAACACCACACUCUUCCAGCAGAGAAUGCUGAUCUGCGACCAUUGGUACAUGGUCAACUGCUCUGCCAGCGAGGCUGAUUAUGACGCCAAUCUGCUUAUAGGUCAGCGUGACAAACCCUUCGUGUCAGAACACGAUAUGCAGCUGCGGACCCCACGGCCCGACAUACUCUCCGUGCCUCCCAAUAGCAACUACUAUGAUGGCCUGAGAGAGGCGGAAACCAAGUACGCCAUCCACCCAAGCAACAGCAUCGUGGGCAUCCCCGAUACCAUCUCCACCAACAAUGGCCUCGACAGCGCCAAGCAGAACUUCCGUCCACCCUACUCCUGGUCCACUGGUAUCGGCAGACCCUCAAACCGACCCACCACUCUCCAGACAGAAGACACUUUCACUGGAGCCAGUUCGAAACGGCCCGCAAAUAUGCAAAAUCGUCCUGAAGAGAGACCAAGACCAACACCUAACGUGCAAACUAAUCUACCUGAUGACGAUGAUAUUACUGGUGCUGCCUCUCAAAGACCAAGCCCUACCUUCAAGCCUAACGUAAACACUCAAAACACCGGAUCAACAUUCCAAGAUUCUUCAGUAACUUCUACUACUGAAGCUAGCUCUGAAGAGUUUGAGCUUGAUGUAAGAAUGAAAGAUAAAGUGGAUCCUGUUGUUAACUUCAUCAACCGUUUUGACCCCAACUCUCCCGAUUCACAUAAAACUUCUAUGACGAAAACUGAGAUUAUUAGUCUGAAUCAGCAAUUACCUGAUGCUCAAGUCAGUUCAGAAGAAGAUAGGACGCCUAGAAGGAAUAAAGAUAAUGGGAAUAAUGCUAAUAGCAUCGCUGUUCAAGGUAAAGGGGUGACUGAAAGCAGUAGAUUUAAUACUGUUAACAUUAAGCCUACUGAGGCUUUGGAUCAUUUAAAGCCUAGUAAAGAGCUCCAACCUCCUAAACACGACAGUACUGAUCCACCAACAUCAACUAUAGGACCUCCUAUUUAUUAUGAAUGGAAAUGGGCCGUGCCAGCUUUCGACUUAGAGCCUCCUAAACUAGGCAAUAUAACUUAUGACAACAAUGACACAGUGAUUCCUGAAGGUAGAAACGCAGGAAAAACCAAUCCAUUUAGCACAGUAACAAGACCAACACCGGUAGAAGUAGAUGUGACUGCUAGAAACACAGAAUAUAACAUUAGUUCUUACUUCGUUCCUGACUAUGUAUUUCCUUUAGACAAGCCUCAUCCAGGAUAUGAAGAUGACAAUGCAGAAACUUCCUUCAGUGUAAAGGUAUCUAGGCCUGGAAGGGCAAGUUAUGGGGAGAACCCUAAAUGUCCUCAAUGUCAUCCCGCGUACGUGGUGCCUGGGACUUGCGAACCUUGCGUGGUAAAGCGGUAACUCACACGGCCAUAGAUGUAGUUUAAGCUUCAUUAGAGAGCGUGCGUGAUCUAUAUAGAAGACAGCAUUGUAACCUCAGUUUACUGGUAUUUAUGUCAAGUUUAAGAGUCACACGAACCUAGCCGCCGCCAUACAAUCGGAGUUAACGCUCUCAUUUUAAAACGACAUUCUGAAAUAACAUGAAAUUUGACAUGAACAUUGAAGUGGUUUUUGUCACAUGGUCGCGUUAAUAAUUAUAAAUUGUCUUUGAAUUCUGUUUGUUUCUUAAUGUUUUUCUUUUUUCUCUUGUAUAUUUCUUUAUUAUUUCUGUUUGUGUUCUUAAUGAUUUCACUGUAUAUAUUUUUUGGUCUGUUUGUGUUCUUAAUUAGUAAGGUACGGAACUCUUCGUGCGCGAGUCCGACUCGCACUUGGCCGGUUUUUUUGUUGUACCCUGUAUUAUAGCGGGUACUGAAGAAACUGUUAUGACAGCUUUUUUUAAUUUAAAAACUUAAUUAUAAUAGGUGGCUUUCCAUCAGAGCAGUUCCUUUUCUGAUGGCGAAGGGUUCUUAUGCUUCAUAAUUCAUAUGCAUAAGGACCCUUUGCUGAUGGAAAGCCACAUAGAAUCAACCCAAAUGUAAAGUUCAAAUGUAUUAUUUAAUAAGCUUAAUAUAGCAUAGCAUAAAGAAAGGAAUAUUAAGACGUGUAAAAUAGUAAAUUGAAAUAAUUGUCAUAUACUAAAAAAAGGGAACAAGGCCUCCCAGUGCCCCAGGCUGAAAUCGAACCAGCGUUCUCUGCUAUCGCGGCAGGUGCCUGUGCCAUUCGGCAACUGGGCCACAGCGGCAUAGGUCCAAAUUUUCCAAGUAUAUGCACUUGUUACUGAAGGCUAUGGCGCCCCCUAAAAAAAAACUAAACAAAACUGGGUGUAAAAUAGUGCCAAUAUUGCAACCGAGAAUUUGACCACGGCUGAAGUAGAUGGGUCUGGACGGUACGUGGAGUUUUCUAAAAUAAAUAUUGAGAACCGGAUUCUUUCAAAUCUGGACAUUCUUGGGCUCAUUCUGCUCAGAAUCGACAGCAUUCUCCAUCCUGCCAUUAAAAAAAGAUGUCCCAAAAUAUUAAUUCCAUUACGUCACGUUUUGAUGUGAAAUUUUAUUUCACUUGUAUGGGCGUGACGUUACAAUUUUUGGGACAUUUUUUUUAGUGUCAGGAUGUCAAAGGUUUGAUCGCCCAAGAUCAUUUUGAACACCCCGCUUAGCAACUUCUGCUGCUCUGAUGUGCAAUAUUUUGGGCUCUUUCGCGUUUUAGUAAUAUUUUGUGUGUAGUGUAUGGUUUGUAGUUAUUAUAUUUAUUAACUGUAAAACCCACUCAAAACCUAUAACUGUUAAGUAUAGAUAUACACAUGUACCUACAGUCAUGACAAAGAGGACGAAGUCAGCUUUAGAUUUAUUUAUACAUACUUUUGUAAUCGUAUUUAAACUGUUGUGAGACAUACUAACAUUAAAUCAUUUUACGGUUUAGACUUACUUGUUUUAGUCACUCGCGCGACAAGUUUCGGAGAGCCUAGGUCUCCUUUCUCAAGCACUAAUAGUGCGAGCAGCGUUCACGACGACCGUGUGUUGCGUACUGCCGCUGCCGCGCGCCGCGUCGCCCGCUGCGCGCGCGCCGAGAAAACCGGUUGGGGGAGGUUUUGCGCUAUCGUUGUAGGCGGGCACAGUGGUGUGUUUGGGUUUGGGUCACCUAACACUUGUAGCGCCACACAGCACGAACUCACUAUAGCUCCUAUCACCUAGGCUCUCCGAAACAUGUCGCGCGAGUGACUAAAACACGUGAGUCUAAAACGUAAAAUGAUUUAACAUACUUUUGUAGUUUUGUAACUAUAAAACUUCUGUAUAAAAUGUGCCUAUUACCAAUUAAAAUAUUUU